AUGUCUCUUGCAAAGUCUCCAUCGGCUUCCGAAGCCCGGGUGGAACAUGUUUCUGAGCCAGAACAUGAUAUCCACAAUACCAAAUCAUGGCUAAACUGGUCAGCGUUCUGCUAUAAUGGAAAGACGCUAAUCGUCCUCUCUCCAGUGGUCAUCAUCGGCUUGUCCAUGGGGCUUUAUGGCUACGAUAAUAACUUUGCCGCUCCACUGGUUCAGCUGCCCCUCUUCAUCCAAAAAUAUCAGGGCCCCGGGCUCACCUUUACCGCCCGGAAUCUGAACCUUCUCACCCCUGUGCCCCUUGUCGGCGCAGCGAUAGGAACCUUCAUCGCGCCCGCGGGAAUGCGGCGCCUGGGCCGCAAGAAGACCAUGAUAGCUGCUUAUAGCCUUCUAUGCACACCCGGCUCAUUUCUGCAGCUUUUUGCGCCAAAUAUGGCCGCCUUGGUCAUCGGUCAUGUCGGUAUUAGUAUCUUGACAACCACUGCCCCUCUCUACCUAGCUGAGUUUGUCCCCGCGGACUUUCGCGGCAGGGCCAUUGGUCUCUGCUUCGCAGGUGUUGCAGCCGUCGGCGUCCUCGCGACCACGGUCGUCUGGGGCACCGAGAAGAUUAAGGACGAGCGUCAAUACAUGAUACCCCUGGCCAUACAGGCGGCCGUGCCAGUAGGGCUGUGUCUCCUCACCUUUCUAAUCCCAGAGUCUCCGGUCUGGGACAUCCAGCACGGCAGGCUAGACUCCGCGCGGCGCACGCUGCUGACCCUUCGCAACAACCAAGCCGACAUGGUCGAUGCCGAAAUUACCAUGUACCAGGCCGCCGACGAGCGCACGCAGGCUUCAAACUUCUGGCAUAUCCUAGACCGGGAGAACCUGCAGCGCACCCUGAGCGCCGGCGCGAUCCUGUCCGCCUCCCAGGUUGGCGGUCAGAUCCUAAUCUUGACAUACGCAACCGUCAUACUCGUCGCGAGCGGGGUUGGGAACCCCUUUGAGAUCACAGUCAUCAUUUCCAGUCUACAGUUCCUCGGCACAGUGAUCGGCCCGUUCCUCGUGGACAAGGCCGGCCGCAGACCGGUGGCGCUGGUCGGCUUCACGAUCCUCCUGCUCCUGAAUCUCGCGGCCGGCAGCUUGGGUGCCGCGGGCCUGACGAGCGAGACGCAAAAGCUGGCAUUGGCCGCGGUCUUCAUCUUGUUCGGCUUCUUCAAUGCCGUUUCUUUCCAGUCGCUGUGCUUUGUUCUACCCACCGAGAUUGCUUCGCCCGCCCUGCGCGAGCCGACGAUGGCAUGGUCAAUCUUCUGGUCAUACACCACCGCAGUCAUCACCACCUUUGCUGUGCCGCAGAUUAUGAGUGCCGAUGCGGCCAACCUCGGUGUCAAGACGGCGUACGUCUUUGCGGGCUGUGUCCUCGUCACCACCAUCUGGGCAUAUUUCUACCUGCCCGAGACCAUGGGCCGGACUGUGGCGGAGAUUGACGAAAUGUACCGGAUUGGUCUGCCAAUGAGAAACUGGAGGGGACACAGCUGCGAGAGUUCAAAUGUCACCAAUCGCGAAAAGGCUGCCCUUGCUGAUGUCUAA